AUGCACAUUUCUCAACAAGUUCAGAGGUCUACUUACCUCUCCCUUUACUUUCUCACUUCAUACAAAACCUUUGCAUUCAACUUCAAAACCUCACCAGACCCAAAUCAACUUACCAUUCAACCUGGUUGUGAUCCUUUACCAAUUACCAAAGCUACUUGGAUUAACUUGAAUUUGGAUCUAUACCUUGCCAACUAUCCUGGUGGUCACAAUUUGACUGUUCAAGAAUACGCCUCUAGUGUCAAAGCAAAUAAUUUCAAGUGUGGUAUCUCUGAGUGGUGUAAUGCUGGCCAGAUGUGCUACCCAGUCAAAGGUCGAGACUGGUAUGUUUUAUUAGCAGCUCAAAUGUGGAAUGAGACAGUAAACUCUUUCUAUAAUGCAAUUGGUUAUACCAUGUCUUUAGUCAGAGCUAGUUUGGUAGAAGUCAUCUCGGGGUUUUUUCCACAACCAAACAACUUGAAGAUUUUUUCACAAAAAACGCAUUUUGAGAUUGGGGCAUUAAUCGCAGGAUUGAUUGGCAGUGUAUUUGCAUUAUUACCAUUUGUGAUUGGAAUGCCAUCUGCUAUCUUUACUUGGGCUGCUGGUUUAAGUUUCAUACCAUCCGUUUUAGUUACUACUGCUGCUGUUACUACUAAUUAUAAACCGGCUCCUGAGGUCGAUGCUUUCUCUGAUUGGUCAGAGAUCGGUUAUAUCUUAUCAGAACGUCAAAAUGAAAUUCAUAGUGUUCUUAACAAACACGCCCAGUCUGUCCUUGACGCAGGAAUCAGUACUCCAGAAGGUUUAUUUGGAAGCUUAUCGGGAGGACGUUUUUUAGAUGUAGAUUCUUUCUUCAAUCCAGAACAAGUUGAAUCUGAGCUUAAGACUACAACAAUGUACUUGUCAUUUGAUCAAGUUUUUAAGUCGAUGGAUCCUUGCGAAGGUCCAGGACCAGAUGGAGCUAGACAGGGAGAUGACGUGUUAUCAUAUUGCAAGAAUGGAACUAUGUAUAACGUCGUAAGAGCUUCCUCAGGAAAACAUCCUAAGGUUAUCAACACAAUUCCCAAUGCGCAAAAAGUGACGAGCAAAUUCAGUCUCACAGCUGAACAAAUCACUCAAACGUCGGUUGAAUGUGCCAGCAAUGGUGGUCAACAAAACUCCACUCUACCAUCUGCGAAUGGCUUGCCUAAAUGUUUGAUCAGUUUACCUGUUUGUGAUUGUCGAUUAGAUAUUGUCAAAGCUAACAGAAAGAAACUUGGAACUGUACGAGCUUGUCGUAAAGCAGGAGUCAAGAUUUGA